UUCUUAUGUCAAUUGUCUAUCAACUGUCGAAUGCUGGUCAUGAAAAUUUCCCAAUUAUUUUAAUGCCCGUUUGUUUUGAAUUUCUUAAAUAACCGUUGAUAAAAAGGAAGUUGUAUUUUACCGAAUUUUUAAUGUAAAUUAAGACGAAAAUAAUUAAUAUGGACAAUAAAAGUAGAGAUAUCAAUUUACAUGAUUGCGGACAGAAUAAACAAGCAAUUUAUAUAAAAAGAUCUUAUCUGCUCGAGUACCAAAUGUACACGUGGAAUUAAACAACAAUGGUUUGAAACUAAAAAGAAUUGCGCCAGGAUUUUAACUUCGAUUUUGAAAUGAGUGCAAUAAUAAGGCAAGUGGCUUCAUUAGGAUGGAAUCGUUUAUUAGUUUUCUUUUUGGCUGCCUGGUUAGUAAUUCUUGUGCUUGUUUUUCUGCCUUUUUUGAAUUCCCAGUCCCAAUCAGUUACUGAUUCUGGCACAGCAGACAGGUUGAAAAGGGUCAUAUCUGAUUUAGAAAUCCUAAGAAAACAAAAUUUGGAGCUUCAGAAGAUCAUUAAAGACAUUAAUUUGGGAGAUUUACAGUCUAAUCAAAAACAGUCAUUGGAAAAAUUUAAGGAACGUUUGAUCAAGACAGAAGACCAAUUGGUAGAUCCUGAAAAAGGAUAUACUAAUGAGAAAGAUGAUCCUAAUUCACAAUAUGAAAUAACUCGCAGGAGGGUGGAAAAUGGAGUCAGAGAAUGGUGGUAUUUUAGUAAUUCAGAAAUAAAAAAAUUGAAGGACCACAUAAAUAACGUUGCUCCUGAUUUGUCAAAUUCAAUUAAUAAAAUUUUGUCUCUGGGAGCUGAACAUAAACGGUCCCUUCUGCAUGACAUUGAUUUUUUAUCAGAAGCUGAUGGUUAUGCAAAAUGGAGAGAAAAAGAAGCAGAAAGUUUAAGUAAUAUCGUACAGGAAAGACUUAGGUAUUUGCAAAAUCCCACUGACUGUGCAAAUGCCAAAAAACUUAUUUGCAACAUUAAUAAGGGAUGUGGAUAUGGAUGUGAAUUACAUCAUGUAGUUUACUGUUUUAUGGUUGCCUACGGUACUCAGAGAACUCUUAUUUUAAAAUCGAAAGGUUGGAGAUAUAAUAAAGCAGGUUGGGAAACAAUAUUUAAACCUGUGAGUGAUACUUGUACAGAUCCCAGUGGAAAAUCAGUAAAAGAAUGGUCUGGGCAUCCUGAUGCUCAGGUUAUCAGUUUACCCAUUAUUGAUUAUGUUAACCCAAAACCACAGUUUCUUCCUCCAGCAGUUCCUAAAGACUUGGCUCUUAGAUUAGCUAGACUUCAUGGUGAUCCACAAGUUUGGUGGGUAGGUCAAUUUUUAAAAUACCUUUUUAGGCCUCAAGAAGCUACUGAAAGACUGUUAAAUGAGGCUGCAAAGAGUAUGAGCUUUGUUAAACCAAUUGUUGGAGUCCAUGUUAGACGGACUGAUAAAAUUGGAACAGAAGCCUCAUUUCAUAGCAUUGAAGAAUACAUGGUAUCAGUUGAAGAUUAUUAUGAUGUACUGGAAAUGAAAGAGAAAGAUGUUAUUAGAAGAGUUUACAUUGCAUCAGAUGAUCCUAAAGUAAUUACAGAAGCUCGAAAGAAGUAUCCAAAUUAUGAAAUUUUAGGGGAUCCUCAAGUUUCUAUGUCUGCUGCUGUUGAAACUCGAUUUACUGAGAAUUCACUGAAAGGAAUUAUAUUAGACAUACACUUUUUAUCACAAUGUGACUACCUAGUUUGUACGUUUUCUUCACAGGUAUGUCGUCUCGCCUAUGAAAUCAUGCAAAAUAAUUAUCCAGAUGCAUCGGCUCGUUUCCGUUCUUUAGAUGAUAUUUACUAUUAUGGAGGUCAAAAUCCUCAUUACUAUGUCGCAGUACUACCCCACAAAGCGGAAGGCAUCAAUGAGAUUGACUUGAAGGUUGGCGAUUUGGUUGGUGUAGCAGGAAAUCACUGGGACGGCUAUAGCAAAGGACGUAACAUGCGCACUAACCAAUUAGGUUUGUUUCCAAGCUUUAAGAUUAAAAAUACUGUAGAGUCCGUCGCCUUUCCAACUUAUUCAGAAAUUAAUGAAAAGCGGGACAGUUAGCAACUUUUUUGGACUUUAUAUUCGAUUUGUUGUUAACAUUGACUUUAUUGUUGUUGGCUUUAUAAACAUUUACAAAAUAUGGUAAUUGUUUAUGAUACGAAACCCACGGUAGGAAUGAGGGCGGAAGACUGAAGGAGGUUGGAUAUCACCAAAAAGGUAUUUUUCCGCACUUUUCAUUCAUUUUCACCAUCCAAUUUUUUUGCUCCUACCUCUGAUCGUAAACCCUCCACCCCUAAGUGAAACAGUUAGUUAUAUACAAGAUCAUGCCCUACCCCAUCGACGCAGUUCCCUCUCCCUUCUGACUGUGGGUUGUAUAUUGUAAUUAUUUUAACUUUAAGUUAUUUAUAGAAAAAUGUAAUAAUUAAAUUACAAGUUUUGCUCUUUUUGUUAUUCUAUUUAAAUUAUACUUACUUUGAUAUAUACAGAACAUUAAUGCUUUAUUACUUAUACUGGAGUUACGGCUCAUUCAAUGAACGUAGGAAUUUUUAUUUAUAUAUAUAAAU